AUGGCACAAACCGCCUGCCAAGGUGCCACGUCCACCUACAACCAAAGCGGAUUGGUCGUUCCGUUCAAGAACCUCUGCGGCAAGGACAUCCAAGCCAGGGUCGACUACCUCAGCCCGACCGACGAGCUUAGCUGGUCAGCCUGCCUAGCGCGCUGCGUCGAGUCGGCGCCGCUAUGCUACGGCUUCGACUACACGCCGCACGGCCUGUCAACGUCGAACUGCUGGCUCAUGGGUGCGGCGUUCCUGGAGAGCUCGGCGCUGGCGCAGACGUAUACUGUGGAUGCGGCGAUGUUGGGGGAUGAUGUUCUGGAUGGCUUGUCGGGUGAUUGUCUGAGGUUGGGGCUGCUGGGGUGCUAUCAGAAGGGGGUUAGAAUCGGGUUGGGUACAUCGACGUCGACGCCGACGUCGGCAACAAGUGCUACGACUACCGGAUUGUCUCGGGACAGCACGGGCACGAGCAUAAGCACUGCAUCUGCCUCUGCCUCUCCAUCCCCAUCACCCGAGGGAAGUAGCGGCCCCUCAACAGGCACCAAAGCCGGCAUCGGCGCAGGAGUCGGCGGAGCGGUGAUACUUGCAUGUAUUGUCCUGGGCUUCGUCAUCUCCAAGUGUCGGAAAUCGAAAGCAGCAGUGCGGGAGAAACAUCCAGCUCCGUACUCGGACUUGAUUGUAGACCAGGAUGCGCGUCGGCGGGAACUCGCCGAACUUCCUGCCUAG